AUGGCGGGGCGGCGGCGGCGAGGCGCGGGGCCCCUCUGGGCGAUGGGCGGCGCCGCGCUGGGCUUUUGCCUCUCGGGGGUCGCCGGGCAGCUGGUGGAGCCUAGCACGGCACCCCCCAAACCCAAACCACCCCCACUGACCAAGGAGACGGUGGUGUUCUGGGACAUGCGCCUGUGGCACGUGGUGGGCAUCUUUUCACUCUUCGUACUGUGCAUCAUUAUCACCUUGUGCUGUGUCUUCAAUUGCCGCGUACCACGGACCCGGAAGGAGAUUGAAGCCAGGUACCUGCAGCGAAAGGCAGCCAAGAUGUACACAGACAAGCUGGAGACCGUGCCACCCCUCAAUGAGCUCACAGAAAUCCCUGGAGAGGAGAAGAAAAAGAAGAAGAAGGACAGUGUGGACACAGUGGCCAUCAAGGUCGAGGAGGAUGAGAAGAAAGAGGCCAAGAAGAAGAAAGGAGAGAAAUGA